AUGUUCGCUCAUCCUCUCUGUUACAUGAUCGUGACUCCAACACAGCAGCUGCAGGUUAUGAAGCUGAUUCUGAUCUGCACCCUCCUUGAAAUUGCUCUCGCUUGUGUGUGGAAUGAUAAAACGUAUUCUGAUGGAGAGACACCAACUCAGUUUUCCUUGGCUGUAACAACAGCGUUGAAGGAGUUGACUAUGUACGCAACGCGAUAUGUAGUGUCCCUUGACCUUGUGCUUGGUCUCCUGCACCUUUGGACAAGCAAGGUGGCUUUCCAGGAGAGGAAGAUCGAUGGCAGUUUCAAGCUUAAAUGCACAUUUGGUAGCAGGGGAGGUUGGAGCACAUCAAUCAUUGCAUGUGUAACACCAAAAGGCACUGAGGUAGCUGUCGAUAGUCAGCUAAAUGAAGAUGACGUUGUAUACACAUGUAGCAAAGGAAGCAGUGAAGGUAGUGUCAAUUUCAACUUCAAGCUCAGUCAAUGA